GGCUGAUGGGGCCAGGAUCUGAGCGCCCAGUCCAGCUUGGCAACUCGGCCGGACCCGACCCCCUGAGGGCAGCAGCACCAUGGCCAGCCCAAGAACCAGAAAAGUUCUUAAAGAAGUCCGGGCACAAAAUGAGAACAAUGUUUGCUUUGAGUGUGGUGCAUUCAAUCCUCAGUGGGUCAGCGUGACUUAUGGCAUCUGGAUCUGCCUGGAAUGCUCUGGGAGACACCGUGGGCUUGGGGUGCACCUCAGCUUUGUGCGCUCUGUAACAAUGGACAAAUGGAAGGACAUUGAGCUUGAGAAGAUGAAGGCUGGUGGCAACGCUAAGUUCCGAGAAUUCCUGGAGGCACAGGAGGACUAUGAGCCUAGCUGGUCCUUGCAGGACAAGUACAGCAGCAGAGCUGCAGCACUCUUCAGGGAUAAGGUGGCUACUUUGGCAGAAGGUAGAGAAUGGUCUCUGGAGUCUUCACCUGCGCAGAACUGGACCCCACCUCAGCCCAAGACGCUGCAACUCACUGCCCACCGAUCCUCUGGCCAGCCACAGAAUGUGACUGCCUCUGGGGACAAAGCUUUUGAAGACUGGCUGAAUGAUGACCUCGGCUCCUAUCAGGGGGCUCAGGAGAAUCGCUAUGUGGGGUUUGGAAACACAGUGCCACCUCAGAAGAGAGAAGACGACUUCCUCAACAAUGCCAUGUCAUCCCUAUACUCGGGCUGGAGCAGUUUUACCACGGGGGCGAGCAAGUUUGCUUCUGCAGCGAAGGAAGGCGCUACAAAAUUUGGAUCCCAAGCAAGUCAAAAGUUUUGGGGUUACAAGCAGCAGUCAGAGCCGGCCUCGGAGUUGGGCCACAGCCUGAAUGAGAAUGUUCUCAAGCCUGCACAGGAAAAGGUGAAGGAGGGAAGGAUUUUUGAUGAUGUGUCCAGUGGGGUCUCUCAGUUGGCAUCCAAGGUCCAGGGAGUUGGCAGUAAGGGAUGGCGUGAUGUCACUACUUUUUUUUCCGGAAAAGCUGAAGACACUUCAGACAGACCCGUGGAAGGCCACAGCUACCAAAACAACAGCGGAGACAACUCCCAGAACAGCACCAUAGACCAGAGCUUCUGGGAGACCUUCGGGAGUGCUGAGCCCCCCAAGGCCAAGUCCCCGAGCAGUGACAGCUGGACCUACGCAGAUGCCUCAACAGGGAGGAGGAGCUCGGACAGCUGGGAUGUUUGGGGCUCAGGUUCCGCAUCCAACAACAAGAACAGCAAUAGCGAUGGCUGGGAGAGCUGGGAGGGAGCCAGUGGGGAGGGCAGGGCAAAGGCCACCAAGAAGGCAGCCCCAUCCACGGCCAUCGAUGAGGGCUGGGACAACCAGAACUGGUAGGAGCCUUGCUGCACCUUGACCCCGGCCCUUCUGGGAGACUGCCGUGUUUGCACUUUACCCUCUUGUUCCUCCUUCAUUUGACCUCAGUGUGAAGACAGUGGCUCAGGCGGGACUUGAGUUGGUGCUGCCUGCCUGGUGUGGGGUGGCUUUCUCUUAGGCCUCAGCAGACAUGUCAUCCACCUGCCUCUCAGGUCCUCUGAGCAGCUUCCCUGGACUCUGGGUUCUUGGGAACCAGGUACUUUCUCUGCAGCCCUAAGACUGCAGUCCUGUGUAAUGUCAGCCAAGCCAGACAUCUGAUUUCCUUGAAAUGUCUUUUAAGACUUGAAAGGUUUGCUCCAGUUCUUUCUUGAAGAAAAUGCCUGGAGUCCUAGAGCUGGAAAUGAAGUGACAAAAGCAAUACUGGAGCUCACACUGCCACCGACACGCUCACCUAAGUCCACAUCAUGUGGUCUGUGCUGUGAAACUCACUUUGUGACCCUCUGCCUUUCCUGCAUCAGCCUGUCCAACUCUCCACAGAUGCUCAACACAAAGCAGAUUGGGCUCUUGUCCUCCUGGACACCUGACUUGAACUUGGCCAGCCCUGGACAGCUCAGUAAUAAGGAAAAGAGAGGAAAGGGCUGGGAGCAUUUUUCAGCCUAUCUGUGGCUCCUACCCGGUACCGGACAGCCUGAGCGUGGAAGGUGGGCUGCGGGGCCAACUGCCACUGCCAGGGUCAGGCAUCUUGAUGGGAACCCUCCAUCCAGGCAGAGCACUUGUUAGUAUUUUGCCGUGUACUGUGUCUGUGACAGCUCAGGCCGCCUCCCAGCCUGCUCAGGGUCAGAGCACACUUGGUCAAGUCUCCUCAGCAUGCAGCUGUCUUUCUAGAUUACCCCAUUUCCCACCCUGUGGACUUUGUGGAACACCGCGGUUGAGACCCAUGUGCUAUCAAUGGUUGGUGUGACAGCCUUUCCCUCCCAGGAUUCCAUGACCGCUGUGUGCUGUGGCUGGAGAGACCAGCUGCAUCUCUUGUCUCCUUAAACCCACUCCUGUCUGACCCUCAGUUUGACCAGCAGUGCAUGACCUGAA